UGGUGGAGCCUUGAGCCUUGUCAUGGCCACUUCUGAGGUUGUGAGUCUACCCCAUCCGCCUUUCCCAGAGCAACUGAGUAGCUGGGGUGAAAAAAGCGGGCAUCAGAGGUGAAAAAAGCGGGCAUCAGGCGUUCAGGGGUCAGCUAGAAUCAGAGCUUACAAGUCACUUUUGUUGUUAUUGUUGUUUUUCGAGACAGGGUUUCUCUGUGUAAUCCUGGCUGUCCUGGGAGUCACUCUCUAGACCCAGCUGGCCUUGAACUCAAGAGAUCUGCCUGUCUCUGCCUCCUGAGUGCUGGGAUCAAAGGCGGGUAUGCCACCACUAUCUGGCUACAGCUCACUCUUAUUUCUUUCUCUGGUCAGAUGAACAAAGUUGAGGGUGGAGGGCAUAAGGAGGAGGUGGUGGUGAAAGAAAAGGAGGUAGUGAAAGAAAAGCCAUCAGAAGCAACUGCGGAGGGAGUCCAAGCAGGAGAAGCCAAAGACCUUCCUGGCUCCCUUAAGACUCAGAGGAGGAAGGCCCACAGAGAACAUCCACCAGAGGUCCUGAGCAAGCUACACCCCUUGCAGUACAGGUGGGUUCUGUGGUUCUUCAAGAAUGACCGAAGCCGGGCCUGGCAGGACAACCUGCAGCUAGUCACCAAGUUUAACACUGUGGAGGACUUCUGGGCGGUGUACAGCCAUAUCAAGCUGGCCAGCAAGCUCUCUUCCGGCUGUGACUAUGCCCUGUUCAAGGAAGGCAUCCUGCCCAUGUGGGAAGACAACAGAAACAAGCAGGGUGGCCGCUGGCUGCUCAGCAUUGACAAACAACUGCGCCACUUCGAACUGGACCGUCUGUGGCUGGAGACGUUGCUGUGUCUGGUUGGGAAUUGUUUUGAGGAAUACAGCAGGGAAGUGUGCGGUGCUGUCGUGAACAUCCGCACGAAGAGGGACAAGAUUGCCCUGUGGACGAGUGAAGCAGAGGACAAAGCCGGAGUGAUGCAGAUCGGGCAAAUAUACAAAGAGCGCCUGGGCAUCUCUACGAAGACCAUCAUUGGGUACCAGGCCCAUGCAGACACUGCUGCCAAGAGCAACAACUUAGCAAACAAGUUUGUGGUGUGAGACCGGUUUCAGCCACUACUCAGUGGGCACCCUCAUCUUGCUGCUUGAUGGACAAGGAAGACUAUACUGCACUGUGGAUUCUGGGGCAGGGCUUGGGGGAGGCAGACAGCCUGGUUCUUUACCUCUCUUGGAACAUGUAUAAGCACCACUCCUUAGAUAAGGUUUUACCUGUUGCCCAGGUUGGCCUCGUAUUUGUGGGCUUAAGCCACUCUCCUGCUUCAGCCUACAGACCUGGGACUGCCACAGCUCAUCACUGUGCCUGCAUCCAUAAUAACUUCUUCAGCAUGUUUUGGGCUCAGGCCUCAUGGCAGCUGGCCAAUGCUUAUAAACUACUCUCAAUCGCUAGCCCUGUACGUGGCCAUUUGCCAAGGGCAGGGUAAAGCAAAGUCCUGGCACAACCCUGCCAAACAAGGACAGGAGACUCCUGAGGCAGGCUCUUCUGUCUUGGGAGGAUGGUUCCAGGCCACUGAUAUUAAGGGUUAGGAGUUCAGUUCUCUGUGAGCUUAAAGGCUGAUUAUGGGGUUACCCUCAUCAGAUCUGUAGCUUGGGUACCCAUCCUAACACCUGUUCCUUCCCUGGACCAGUUGUGAUUGGGUUCUCCCUCCCUCCCUCUUUCCCUCCCUCCCUCUUUCCCUCCCUCCCUCUUUCCUUCCUUCUCUCCCUCCCUCUCUCCCUCCCUCUCUCCCUCCCUCCCUCCCUGUCUCCCUGCCUCCCUCCCUCCCUCCCUCCCUCUCUCCCUCCCUCCCUCUCUCCCUCCCUCCCUCUCUCCCUCCCUCCCUCUCUCCUCCCCCCCCCCUUCAAGUAUGGACUAGGUUAGAGAGGAAUUUGUGUAAAGACAGGUAGGACUGGGAACUGGGAAUGCCCUGCACAGCCUUCCCAUCUGAAGACAGUCCUAUGGAUUCUGUGUGUCUCCUCCUGCUGAAAUGAUGGAUGGAUAAACCUUCAUGAGUGAAGAGAUUACAGUGGUAGUUAGGCUUCACCGUGGUCUUGUUAGGAGGGAUUCACUUGAUGCUGAUGAUGCUUAAGGCCCUUUCUGUAUCUAAAUAAACACUUCUGGAACAAA